CGCUGCACUCAACAAACAUUCCCCAGAAAGAUGCAAAAGCCUUCACUCUGUCUGUCAACUCUUUGAAAAACAGCAGAUCUGUUUCUAGCAGCAACACUGCGCUUCUGUGAGCUGCAGGAUGUUUGUGUUCCUGUCGGUGUCCUGGUUGCUGCUGCUGCUGCUGCCGCAGGCGGCUGAUGGGGAACUGGAUCACAGCUCUCAGGGUCAGGGGAUGCAGCUACAGGGCGACUUCUCCCUCGCUGGGUUCUUCCCUCUCCACUACACUGAUCAACAGAGUACCGGUCUGCCUGCUCUGGCUCCAUGCAGAGAAGGUGUAGCCAACCAGCAUGGGUUUCACAUGAUGCAGGCCAUGAGGUUUGCUGUGGAGGAAAUCAACAAUGGCAGCGGAGAGCAGCCUCUUUUACCGGGAGUGAAGCUCGGCUACCAGCUGUACGACGUCUGCUCUGAGCCCUACAGCGUCCUGGCUGCUCUGGACCUGGUGAAGCAGCAUCACCAGAACCCUGCUCUGUCUGCUUCACAUGGAGAAAUAAACUCCAGCAAAACUCAAACAACGCUGGCUGUGAUUGGACCUGACAGCAGCAGCAGAACGUUCGCCCCUGCUGCUUUACUGGGGGCCUAUUUCAUACCACAAAUCUCUUACGAAGCAUCAAACGAACAGCUGAGCAACAAGUUCACCUAUCCGUCCUUCUUCCGGACAAUCCCCAGCGACAAGAACCAGGUAGCAGCCAUCAUCCAGGUCCUAGUUCGCUUCAACUGGACAUGGAUCGCCCUGCUGGGCAGCGACAACGCCUACGGGCUGCAGGGGAUGGAGGGUCUGGCCAAACACGCUCCGAACUACGGCAUCUGCAUCGCCUACCAGGGAACCAUCCCCGCCUACAGAGCUGACACCGUCCAGGUCAUGAGGAACGUCGCGGAUCAAGUCCUGAAAGCCCAAGUCGGCGUCAUCGUGGUGUUCUCCAGCAGGACCAAACUCAAAAAGUUCCUCCCGUUCAUCAUCGAGCGGAACAUCACCAACAAGGUGUGGAUCGGGACAGAGGACUGGUCAGCAUCUUCCCUCAUAUCAGGGAUUCCUGGGGUCCACACCAUCGGGACUGUGAUCGGCGUGGCGGUUAAAUAUGUGGCCUUUUCUGGUUUUGAGGAGUUCGAGCGACGGGUGCUUGAAGCUUCGAUGCAACAACACAACCAGGAAGACUCUGACGGUCCCGUGGAUGAAGGUAACAUCUGUCUGCAAAGCUCAGACCUGUACAGCCUCGCCAGGAUGAACUUCUCUCUGGAGGAAUACGACAUCACCUCCUCCUUCAACGUGUACAAAGCGGUGUACGCCGUGGCUCACGCCCUGCACCGAACACUCGGCUGUGAUUCUGGAGGAUGCAGCAAGACACAUGUGCAUCCAUGGGAGCUGCUCCACCAGCUGAAGCAGGUUCGGUUCUCUCUGGAGAACAGUUCUGUGUACUUUGACGUGAACGGCAACCCUCCCACCGGAUACGACAUCAUCACCUGGAUCUGGAGGGGGACGGACUGGUCCAUGAGGAUCAUCGGCUCCUUCACCCCCGAUCCCGUUUCACUCAUGGUGGACGCUGAUCAGAUCGAAUGGUUCAACAGAGGAGAAUUGAGAGAAGUACCUCUGUCCAUCUGCUCUCCUCCCUGCCCCAAAGGCCACAGGAAGCUGCUGACGGGUCAACACACCUGCUGCUUCGACUGCCUGGCCUGUCCUGCUGCCACCUUCCUCAAUAAAAGCGAACCCACACUGUGCCAGGCCUGUCUGCCGGAGCAGUGGGCCCCACCGAGGAGCGAGGAGUGUCUGAACAGGACCGUCUUCCUGCUGGCCUGGGACGCCCCCAUCUCCAUCGCCCUGCUCUUCUUCCUGGCCUCCUGCCUCCUCAUGACCUCCAGCUCUGCCGUCAUCUUCCUGCUCAACCUGAACACACCUGUGGCCAAAUCCGCCGGCGGCCGCACCUGCCUCCUGAUGCUGGCAGCGCUGACCGCCGCCGCCCUCAGCUCUCUGUGCCACUUUGGCGAGCCGUCCCCUCUGGCCUGCAUCCUGAAGCAGCCUCUGUUCAUCCUCAGCGUCUCCGUGGUCCUGGCCUGCGUCACCGUGCGCUCCCUUCAGGUCGUCUGCAUUUUCAAAUUCGCCUCCAAGCUGCCGCCGGCCUACGACAGGUGGGCCAAGAAGCACGGGCCGGAGGUCACCAUUUUCCUGGUGUCCUUCAUCAUCCUGGUCAUCUCUGUGCUCCGCGUGGCCCUGAACCCUCCCAGACCCUCCCAGGAUCUGAACUUCUACCCAGACAGCAUGGUGUUGGAGUGCAGCCACACGCUGUCGGCCGGAGCAGGAGUGGAGCUGGGCUUCGUGUCGCUGCUCAGCGUCCUCUGCUUCUCCUUCAGCUACAUGGGCAAAGACCUGCCGGCCAACUACAACGAGGCCAAGUGUGUGACCUUCAGCCUCAUGGUGUACAUGAUGUCCUGGAUGAGCUGCUUCACGCUCUACCUCAUCAGCAGAGACCAGUUCACCAUGGCGGCCUACGUGUUCGCGACCCUCUUCAGCGUCCUGGCCUUCUUCGCCGGAUACUUCCUCCCCAAGAUUUACAUCAUCGUCCUGAAGCCGCAGAUGAACACGACGGCACAUUUCCAGAACUGUAUUCAGAUGUACACCAUGACCAAACAGUAGAAGAUAAUGUAGGCGUGUGAGGCAUAUAACCAAACACCACAUGGCAUUUUAGAGAAAGAUUCUUCUAAAUAUUACAUAUACAACUGAGUAAAAUAUAGAGUUAUUUCUAAGAUAUUGUAGUAAACCUGUUGACUACUUUAUAUUAAAUAACUCAGAAAGCCUUGGAGUCUUGCCAGUCUUUUCUUCAGGAGGAAAUGACAUCAUGUGGAGCAGGUCAUGUGAUCUAGAAUUAACACACUUCCUGGAGAGGUGUUUUUAUAAUGGGGAACUUAGUGGAAAGUGAUUUAAUUUGUUAUUUUCCAUAUAAAAUUUGAUUUAUUGCCAAAAAAGAAAUAUCUGUCAUGAUUAUCUCAACUUAAUAAAAAGAACACAAUCC